GAAUAACGACAGUAAAAACAACAAAACUGGUAGAAAUGGUUGGGCGGAAACAGGUGUCGCUCUCAGCCACCACUGAGUCCAAGCGCAAUGAAAAUUUUCCGGUCAAAUAUACGAGGCAGAAUUCACGACGCAAACCUAAAAAGAUGAAGCACCUUGACAAAUUAGUUCUACCUCAGGUUGAGAUUAGGGAAACACAAGAAAAGUUCAGUAAUCAGCAGUGUGGCAUAGAUUCGAAUAGCGAAAAGGCCUGUGGCAAGAGAAAAACAAGCACAACUAUCGCGGUAGAUUGUGGAUCUGAUGAUGAUGCUGUGACUCAGAAGAAGAAAGAGAAGAAGCAAAAAAAAGUGCUUGUCAUAGAAGAGACAACAAAACAAGAUAGUGGGGCCGGAACAUCAAGAACUGAAUCAGAGUGUUGUGCGACAUCGACACCUUUGCCCGAUAAGAAGUUGUUAGCUGCUAUUUUUAUCAAGCUGCAAGAGAAGGAUGCUUACAGGGUAUUUUCUAAUCCCGUGGACGUCUUAGAACUUCCUGAUUAUUACGAUGUGGUAAAGCAGCCGAUAGACUUUGCAACUAUUCGGAAGAAGCUAAGGAAAACUGUUACAAGUGUUUGGAGGACUUGGAGGCUGACAAUCAGUUGCUAUGUUGCAAUGCAAUAUUGUACAACAAAGCUUAUACUGUCUACCAUAAGCAGGCCCUUGCCAUAAAAAAGCUAGCCGCGGAACAGUUUGAAAGAUUUAAAGAUCAUGAGGGCAAAGACAAAGUAAAGGAGAAGGAGAAGGAUAUAAUUAACCAUUGUAGUUAGGACAAUAUAUUUUAGUAGUUGUAAUAAUUACAAAGAAAUUACGAUAAGAAAAAAUAAAAUAAAAAUGUUGAC